UUACACAUAAGGUCAGAUAAUAUUUCAGUAAAAUACCACUAAGAAAGGAAAAUACAUCAUGGCAUCGUGCAUGUAGCAUGUCACUGGCAGAUCCAUGGACAAGCGAGCAAAUUCAGUCGUCUUCUUUACCCCUCCUUGGCUGUGCCUGCUCCGAGCCUCCGAUCCGUCCCUCACUGGCGUGGUGAGCCUCCAAACCAAAUCCUCCUGUUCUCAACCGAUCCCAGAGAUCACGGUCCCCAUCCAUCCCACCAUCAUCCAUCUUCCCCCUCUCUCCUCUUUCUUCCUCGUCCUCCUGUGCUUUUUAUUACUCUUCUCCACUCAUUAGCUUUUGGUUGUUGUUGGUUGGUUCCCUUCUUGAGAGUCGUGAGCCCCCCCGAAACACAACUGGGUACAUCAUCCAUCCCCAAGUGGAGAGAGAGAGAGAGAGAGAGAGAGAGAGAGAGAGAGAGAGAGGGAGGCAAGAACCGGGGAGGCAGGAGAGGACACCAUCGGCAGUGGGCGCGCCAUAAGUGGGGCACGCGCGAUUCUCCCGACACCCAAGAACUGCGAGAUCCGCCCGUCCCGUUCGCUCACCGCCGUCGCCGGCGAAAGCUUCUUCCUUGAUGCAGCCGGGGCGCGGCCUCGAGUUUUUGAGUUCCCAGAGACCCGCGUGGUGAUCCGGUCCGCUUCUUGCGGUGCGGGCUCGUGUCCAUGGCGCGGACGCGCUUCUUGGUCGCGGGGGAAGAGCAAGAGGAGUUCUUUGACUCGAGGGAGGUCCUGUCGCCAGCGUCCGUCUCGUCGCCGACGAGUUCCGGCCGCCACGGCAACGGGUGGCUCUUCGGCGAGCCGCUGCUCGAGGUCUGGGUCAGGGACCCGUGCAGCGUCCAUGAGCGCCGCCAGAGGUUCGUCAAGUCCUUGGGCCUCUUUCAUCCGAGCCCCUACGGCGCGCGACCCGACGAGGAGCCGUGCAGGAGGUCUGAGGCCACCGACGAGAUCCUCCUGGCCAGCCCCAGUGCCGAGUUGUUCUCAGCCGCCCCAAGUUUUGCGUUUAGGGGAGGGGAGCCGCCAGCCUGCGGGGACGGUGUCGCUGACACGGAGUUGGAGUUGGAGUGCGUCUUCAAGAACUUGGACGAUGGCACAGUGUUUGUGGUCGACGAGAUGGGUAAGGAUGGGAGCUUCCAGAGCCUUAGGGAGAGGCGGUCGAACCGGACGGUUACUGCGGCAGAAUUCGAGCAGACCUUUGGCUCAUCACCUUUCAUCCGUGAGCUGAUGCGGCGGGUGGACGAUUCGGACGAGCCCUCCACCCCGGAGAAGACUGUGCUGAGGAGGAGGAGGAGGAGGAGGAGGAGGCUUGGAUGGCUGCGAAGGCUGGGAAUUGUUGCUUGUGUUAUUGAUGCAGAAGAGGAAGACGAUGAGAUGAAUUCAACAUCCUCCAGUUCUUGCCGGAGUAUAUCUGGGAAGGUUGAUAGGGUCAAGGUGAGGCCAUACAAGAAGCGGUCAAAGGAAUUAUCUGCGGUGUACAAGGGCCAAGUCAUCAAGGCACAUGAGGGCGCAAUUAUGACCAUGAAGUUUAGCUCUGAUGGCCAGUAUUUGGCUACUGGAGGUGAGGACGGGGUUGUUCGCGUGUGGCGUGUGGUGGAAGGCGAGAGACCUGAUGAACAUGAUUUUGUUGAGGAUGAUCCUUCAUGUGUGUUCUUCACAGUCAAUGAAAACUCUGAAUUGGCUCCCAUCAAUUCCUGCGAAGGAGGUAAGGGCAAGCAUAACAAGAGCUCAAAGGGGGCUGCAGAUCCAGCUUGUGUUGUGAUUCCUCACCGGACCUUCGCCUUAUCUGAGGAUCCUGUGCAUGAAUUCCAUGGGCAUGAUGAUGUCAUCUUAGAUCUUUCAUGGUCAACGAAUAGGGAACUACUUUCUGCAUCCAUGGACAAAACUGUUCGAUUGUGGAAGGUUGGGUGCAAUAGUUGUCUGAAGGUUUUUUCCCAUAAAAACUAUGUGACAUGCAUUCAGUUUAAACCUACCAAUGGCGAUUAUUUCAUUAGUGGUUGUAUCGAUGGGAUGGUUCGUAUCUGGGAUGUUCCUAGAUGCCAAGUUGUGGACUGGACUGACAGCAAAGAGAUAGUCACUGCAGUUUGUUACCGCCCAGAUGGAAAGGGCGCAGUGGUUGGGACAAUAACAGGAAAUUGCCGCUACUAUGAUGCAUCAGAAAAUCAUCUAGAGCUGGAAUCCCAAGUCCCCCUGUAUGGCAGAAAGAAAUCUCCACUUAAAAGAAUAAUUGGUUUCCAGUACUGCCCAUCUGAUCCAAAGAGACUGAUGGUGACAUCUGGUGACUCACAAAUUCGCAUUCUUGAUGGGGUUCAUGUAGUUUCCAACUACAAAGGGUUGCGAAGUUCAAGUCAAGUUGCUGCAUCAUUCACACCAGAUGGCGGUCACAUUAUUUCUGCUAGCGAUGACUCCAGUAUCUAUAUGUGGAAUUAUGCAAACCAAAUCGCCCCCAUCACAAGCCGUGUGAAGACCGUAUGGUCAUAUGAACGCUUCUCCUGCAACGAUGUGUCUAUUGCAAUACCAUGGAAUUCCUCGUCAGCAAAGAGUUCUAUUUCUCUAGCUUGCAACAUCCCUUCUUCGCGCCAAGAGGUUUCUGAUGACUUCUGCAACUUGGAAGACACUAGGCCAUACUGCCAUGCUGAAGCUUCGCUUGAUUGUGAUAACUUGUAUCAAUUGCCAUCUGGGAAUUUCACUCUUAGCAGUGCAUUCUUUGCGGAGUCUGCUCCAAGGGGAUCAGCAACAUGGCCAGAAGAGCACUUGCCAUCCAAUUCAGUGACGCCAUCAUCUACCUUGCACAAAUCUCAGUACAAGUUCCUGAAGGCUUCUUGCCAGAGUGCCACCACGCAUGCUUGGGGUCAGGUCAUCGUCACUGCAGGUUGGGAUGGCCACAUCAGGUCAUUCCAGAAUUAUGGUUUGCCUGUGCAAGUGUGACAUGAUGCAAGACAUGCAUAUUUUCACCUUUGCUUGAUCAGUGGAUAUCCUAGAAACGGCAGCUCACAAGUCCAUUGCAAAAGCUUUGAUGGCCUCAGAAGCUUGGUUGGCUGAAGCUGAUGCUCGUCCAGAUAAUGAUUACAGCACAAAGAGUCAAAGGGUUGGGUGCUUGUGUUGAAUUGCUUGUGGACCAGAAGUUGUAUGUAGUCCAGUGGUCCUGCAAGAUCUCGACAGCGUCGACACUUUGUGGGAGGCCCGGGGAAGAUGGAUGGCCUCAGACUUGCACAAUGAGUGUGGGGUUUUGGCAGCAAUACCUUGAUGUUGUUUCUUUUCUUUGUUUUGACUCCUUUUAGGGUCCUCCGUAAAUAUAUAUAGAGGAUGAACAUAUUUUUGCCAGUUUGGAUUCCCCUUGCCCUGAUCUGAUGGUCUACAAGGCGAGCUGGGAGGUAGAGUUCACUGUUGGAUAGGAAAAUUCAGUUCUGGGGUGCACAUAUUGGAUUCAUUUCAUUUGUUUACAUGCCAUCAUUCAUAGCCUGCCUUUA